GGCAAUCCAAGUUUAAGCCCAGGAACCACACAUUGACAUUCUCCUCUACCUCUCACUUUGGUUGGCCUUCGAAGAUUUACAUUACAGAGGAAAAAAGGGGUUCUAGGGUUUUCAUUUCGUCAGAGUAAGCUUCGACGCGUCCUCUUGCUACACAUCGAAGGCGUUGAUUGAUGCAACAAAAGGAACGAGGUCUGACCCUUUAUAGCAUUCUUGUUGCCAACUGAAUUUGCUGUGGGGCGUGUAAAUUGAUGACACAUUAUGGAGAUACAAACUUCAGGGAGACCAAUUGACCAACUUUUGGAGAAGGUCCUUUGUAUGAACAUUCUCUCUUCUGAUUAUUUCAAAGAGCUUUACCGGUUGAAAACUUACCAUGAAGUGAUAGACGAGAUUUACAAUCAAGUUGAUCACGUGGAGCCAUGGAUGACCGGAAACUGUCGGGGCCCUUCAACGGCAUUUUGUCUUCUAUACAAAUUUUUUACGUUGAAACUGACAGUCAAGCAAAUGCAUGGCCUAUUAAAGCAUCCGGAUUCGCCUUACAUUAGAGCAGUUGGAUUCCUCUACUUGAGAUAUGCUGGAGAGCCAAAGACGUUGUGGAAUUGGUUCGAACCGUAUGUCAAAGAUGAAGAGGAAUUCUCUCCUGGAUCGAACGGACGAAUGACCACAAUGGGUGUCUAUGUCCGUGAUCUACUUCUUGGACAGUACUACUUUGAUACUCUUUUUCCUCGCAUCCCUCUUACCGUGAUGCGGCAAGUUGUAGCCAACCUAGAAAAGAUGAAACUCCCCACUAAACAUGCUGGUGUGACUGGGGAUUCCACCCGUGGAUCCGAGGACACUGCCCGACGGCCACCUUCCGUCAAAGCUGCCCUGUCAGUCUCAUUUGGUCAGCGUGCUCCACAUCGUGCAUCAACAAGGGAUUCGUCCCCUGUUCGCCGCACCCUGCCACCACCUUCCUAUGAUAGAAAUGGUGGUGAUGAUUUACGAAGAUCUCCCAGCAGUCGCCGUAGCCAGAGCCGUGAAUUAUCUGAUCUAGAUCAUUCAGAGAGAGACAGAGACAGGGUCAGGGACAGGGACAGGGAUAGGGACAGGGACAGGGACAGGGACAGACACAGGGACAGGGACAGGGACCGGAGGUAUGAUCAUGAAAGAAGGUCAAGAGAAAGCAGAAGGGUUUAUGAGAGGAGCAGCAAUGAUUAUCGUAGAAAUUAUAGAGAAUCUAGUUCUCAUAGGAGCAGGAGUAGGAGCAGGAGCAGGAGCAGGAGCAGGAGUAGAAGUCAGAGCAUGCAAGCUCGCAGUGCACGCGCUGAUCAUUAUCCCAGUCCACCAAGAGACGAAAACAAAGACAGGACAUCUGCAUCUAGCAAUCUGGCCAAGCUUAGAGAUCUGUACGGUGACUUGAGCAAUCAGAAAGAGGAUGCUGGCCAAGAAAGGGGUUCUACUAGGGAUAAUGGUGCUGAGGAGGUUAUUAGGCUUGGUGGUUCUACUUGGAAGUAGGAUUUUGUUGCUCAUGCAUCGUCUUCCAGGCAAGGUAAACUUUCAACUUUCUAAUUUCACAGACAAACAGUGUCUUCCAAUUACUUGCUUCAAUCUCUCUUUUCCUUCUCUCAUCAUUUGUGUUGCCAUGGUAGACAUGGUGAUAUUCAAAGGAUAAUAUCUACACAGGGGACAUGUAGUACCUCUGCAGUUGGAACAAGUCUGUAUGUAUAUUGAAUGUUGUCUGACAUUCUUGUCUACUACAUCUUUAUUUAGUGGAUUGUUAAUUGUUCAAUUGUUUCACAGAAGUUUUGUAAAACAGAUUGCUGAUAAAACUGUUCAAUUUUCAUAAAUGAUAUUUUGCUAUUUCUA